CAGUCAUCCGAAGCAAUGACGAUGUACAGGUGCAGGACAGAACACGAUGUGCUGUGGCAAACAACUUCCAAAACUACGUACAUCAAAAGCGAAGAAAUGCCAGAUGCGACUCUACCAGGAAGUUCUACAAAGAAGCGGAAAAGGAAACCAGACAGUUUCUGAAAGAACAUCCCAAUAUAGUCAUUGCAAAAGCUGAUAAAGGCAAUAAAACCGUCAUCAUGGACAAAAAUGAGUACGCAACCAAGAUGAAGCAGUUGCUAACUAGCGACAAAACCUACGUAACCGUCGAUAAAGAUCCAACGUCCUCUUUCCAAACGAAGAACAACAGCAUCGUACGACGCCUGCAGGACCUAAAGCUCAUAGACACACGCACGGCGAUGAAGCUAAGGACCUAUAAAGCUGUUUGCCCGAAAAUAUAUGGUCAGCCUAAAGCACACAAAGCAGGAUUACCGCUCCGUCCUGUUGUACCAUGUAUGACAGCUCCAUCCUACGAACUAUCGAAGUUUGUCGGAUCGAUUCUACGAAAAUCACUAACUAGCAAGUACAACAUCAAGGAUUCGUUCGAGUUCUGCCAAUAUGUCAACAACAUCUGCCUUCCGACGGGACACAUUUUGGUUUCCUUUGACGUGGUUUCGCUUUUCACGUCGAUUCCAAAAGAGUUAGUUCGACACAGCAUCUUUCGCCGCUGGAAUGACAUAGAGAACCACACACCGAUAUGUCUCGACCUCUUCUGGGAAAUUACCGAAUUUUGUAUUGAUUGUAGUUACUUCUCAUUCGAAGGAGCUUACUAUAUACAAAAAUUUGGAACCGCCAUGGGAAACCCCCUGUCCCCAAUCAUCGCUGACUUGGUGAUGGAAGACAUACUGGACGAAGCGAUCUCUAAAACAAGCUGUGUCAUCCCAUUCAUAAAAAAGUAUGUGGAUGAUCUAUUUCUGGUACUUCCACCCGACAAAGUACAAGACGUCGUAAACACGUUCAACGAAGUCAACCAAAACAUCCAGUUCACUCUGGAGAUAAAGGAAGGUAGAAGGCUCCCCUUCCUGGAUAUGGCACUCAUCCGACAGGAGGACGACACGGUAAAAACGGAAUGGUACUGCAAGAGCAUCGCGUCGGGACGUUUCCUCAAUUUUCAUUCCGGUCAUCCAAUGCACCAAAAGAUGAAUGUAGCCCAAAACUUCGUCAAGCGGGUGAUGGUUUUCUCCACGAACUUGGACCUAAAAAGGAAAAGAGAAAUCGUACACCGCCACCUGAAAGCAAACGACUACCCGAAAUGCCUCAUCAACAGACUAAUCAACCGUGCAAAACAUCAAACGGUAAACAACAAUACAGCUAUGGACGUGAGUAGAACAGAAACCGAGACAGAAACACACCAAGACGAAAUGAAAUUCUACUCGCUCACAAACAUUGACGGAUUAACACAACAAAUAACCAAAACACUAAAAAGGGACUACCCAGGGAUAAAAAUAGCAAACAGACAACACAAAACAAUUGGGUCUCUUCUUCCGUCGGUAAAAGACAAAACACCCAACACCGAACAAAGCAACGUUGUUUACAAAAUAGACUGCGCAGAUUGUGAGGCAUGCUAUGUAGGAAUGACCAGUACAAAACUAAAACAAAGAAUAUCUGGACAUAGAUCAAACUUGAAAAAGCUAAAAACACUACUAGACAAAGGGUAUACAAACGAAGACGCGGAGGUUAGCUGGGUGAGGGAAAAAACGGCACUUGUUAACCAUGCAGCAACGAUGGACCAUAAUUUUAAGCUAGACGAAACAAACAUCAUAGAUAGGACAUUCAAAACAAACAAUCUACACAUUCUUGAAAGUUGCCACAUAUACAACACUAACAAUACUGUAAACAAACGCACAGACACUGACAAUCUCCAUGUAGCUUAUGCCGGACUAUUACAUUUACUGAAAAACGAGACGACGAAUAGAAGAUGACGAUCAAAACAAAAUAGAUAGAUGAGAGAAUAUUCUCAGGGUUAGAUAGUUAAGACACACACUAAACUAAACAGAGAGAAAGUGACUCACACAAACAAAAAGAAUAUCAUGCGAAAAGCAAUGGUGGAAGAUUCCAAAAACAGGGACCGAAUUCUAGACCGCCCGAUAGGUAGGAGAUUGUCCGCAUCACGACGGUUGAAAACCGAACGGACUCAAUCUAUGUGAGUACAGUGCAGGACAACAAAUAUGUAUAAAAUGAAAAUUGACCUUUGAAUCUUCCAUUUAGACCAAAACUUCCGCAUGACAUUUUUGAGUUUAGCAAAGCCAUCUUGACUAGGAAACCUUGACCGAUUGAACCCUUGAAAAAGGUCCCAUACGGACCGAAACGUCGGGAAAAAUCAUAAA